AUGCCUCGUAUCAAUUUUACGUCAUUGGAAUACACCGAUAUGGUUUUAAUUUAUGGAGAAUGCCACCAAAACGCGUCCCUGGCAUUACGAACAUACCGAGAGAGGUAUAAUACCACACGUGUAUGUCCUACAGACUCACGGAUUUUUAUACGGGCAGUCCAAAGAUUACGUGACGGCGAAAAUUUGAUUCCACGUCAGGUUGAAAUUCCUCCGCGAGUCGCCGUGGCUCAGGAAGAACGAAUAUUAAAUUAUUUCGCUCGUAAUCCAACAUCAAGUCUCCGUAGAGCAGCUCGCCAAUUCUGUGUACACCACAAGUCUGUUCACAGAAUAUUAAAAAAAAAACAAGCAACGGCCGUUCAAAUACGUAAAGGUACAGGCUUUAUUAGAUAG